UUACAAUUCUUCCAACUUUCUUCCCGGCUCAGCGAGUUUUCUCUCUUCAUCUAAAUUCUAGGAAUCUGAGUUUUUAUUUGUUUUCGCCGGGAAACUCGAGUCGAGGACUCGUUUUAAUUAUCCUGUUCCGAAUCCUAUUAGUCUAUUCUUGAACAUCUUCAAGCAAUAAAUUUUGUAUUUUUUUUUUUGUCGGAAUUGUUCUGUAUUUUUGAAAUCUCGGUCUCAAUGGGGACUCCGGAAUUUCCAGAUCUGGGGAAACACUGCUCCGUAGAUUAUUGCAAGCAGAUCGAUUUCUUGCCAUUCACCUGCGAUCGCUGCAUUCAGGUGUUUUGUUUGGAGCAUCGUAGCUAUAUGAAACACAAUUGUCCAAAAGGAAACAGAGGAGAUUUAACUGUGGUUAUAUGUCCGUUAUGUGCUAAAGGAGUUCGGUUAAACCCUGACGAAGAUCCAAACAUCACUUGGGAGAAACAUGUGAAUACAGAUUGCGAUCCAUCAAACUACGAAAAAGUUGUCAAGAAGAAGAAAUGUCCUGUCCCAAGAUGCAGAGAAUCGCUAACUUUCUCUAACACAAUCAAAUGUCGAGAUUGCGGCGUCGACCAUUGCUUGAAACAUAGGUUCGGACCUGAUCAUAGUUGUUCAGGACCGAAGAAACCUGAAUCGAGUUUUUCAUUCAUUGGUGGUUUCUUGAGUACAAACACAAAAGAAGCUCCCGCAACAUCAUCAUCGAGAUGGUCUAGUCUUUUAGCUUCAGCGGAGGCAAGUAUUAGCAAACUCGGUAACGAUAUUAGCCAGAAGUUACAGUUUGGGAGUGGCAGCGAUGGUAAUUUAGAGAAAAGGCAGGAGAGGAAUGGAAAACAGAGUAGUGGCAAAGUAACGGUUGAUGUUUGUCCGAAAUGCAGCAGAGGGUUUCGUGAUCCGGUGGAUCUGUUGAAGCAUAUCGAUAGAGAUCAUCGUGGCACUUCUAAAGCUUAAAUGCAGAGAAGCCCAAGUGAUUAAUAUUUGUGUGAUUUGUAUGUAUCACUGUUAUUUUAUUUUUUUGUAACACCACAUUCUUUGAGAUCGGGUUUUCUUUGACCGGUUUUGGUUUUCUUGUUUAGAAAAUCGUAAACAAAUCUCCUGUCUAUUAUACUCCUACAAAUCAUACAGAUCAUAUGGUU